GAGGACUCAUCAAUUCACUGAUGACAAGGAAAGUAGACCGCGAAUGAAUUCAAUUGUAUCGUUAGGCCGUGGAAAUUCAAAAUGAAAUGUCAUAUGUGCUGAAUCUUCGACCAUGCUCAUCAAAGUAAAGACGCUCACUGGCAAGGAGAUCGAGUUGGACAUAGAUCUUGACGACAAGAUCUCUCGAAUAAAGGAGAAAGUCGAAGAGCAGUCCGGUGUGCCACCACAACAACAGAGACUGAUCUUCGGAGGGAGACAAAUGCCUGAUGAUAAAACCGCUAAGGAGUUCAACAUCACGGCCGGAUCAGUUCUUCAUCUUGUUCUUGCUCUACGUGGUGGCUUUUGAGAUCGUACCCUUGGAGAGGUGUAUCAGAGAUGUGCUCUAGCAA